AUGCUGCUGUCUGGCACACCGCUGGUUCGCCGGUCUCUCCACUGCAUCCGUGCUUUGGGCCGCCCGCCCUCGCGCUACCCCAUGAACCUCCGGGAGCUCGUUUCUGCCCUGAACGACUUUGCAUCCCUCUCUCUGGCUGAAAGCUGGGACAAUGUGGGGUUGCUGGUGGAACCAAGUCCUCCCCAUACUGUGAACACCCUUUUCCUCACUAACGAUCUCACUGAAGAGGUGAUGGAAGAGGCAGUGCAGAAGAAGGCAGACCUUAUUCUUUCUUACCACCCUCCUAUAUUCACACCACUCAAGCGGGUAACGUGGAAGACCUGGAAGGAACGGCUGGUGGUCCGAGCCCUGGAGCACAGAAUCGGGAUUUACUCCCCGCAUACAGCAUACGAUGCCAUACCUCUUGGAGUCAAUAACUGGCUGACAAAGGGACUUGGUGCCUGUACAUCCAUCCCACUGCACCCAUCAACUGCGCCAAGCUAUCCAGCUGAGGGCACUCACCGGGUAGAAUUCUGCGCAGACAACACUGAGCAUCUGGACACGGUGCUGUCCAAAAUCAAAGACAUGCAGGAGAUCUCCUGUCUCACUACUCUCUCUGCCAGGGUUGAAGGUGAGAAGCAAACACGAGUCAGUUUGAACUGCUCUCAGAAAGCACUGUUGGAGGUGGUGGCAUUACUGUCCCAGAACAGCCUUCUUUAUGAAAAGACUGAGAUUCUUUUACUACAGAAGCCUCUUCUUCCCCAUACUGGAAUGGGACGUCUGUGCACACUGAGCAAGCCAGCCUCCUUGUCAGACAUAAUUGACCGUAUCAAAAGCCACCUAAAAUUACCCUACAUCCGCUUAGCCGUGGGAGUGGGCAAGACACUAGAAUCGCCAGUGAAAAAAGCUGCUCUGUGUGCUGGUUCUGGGAGCAGCAUCCUGAAGGGAAUGGAAGCUGACCUCUAUCUCACAGGAGAGAUGUCCCACCAUGACGUUCUGGAUGCAGUUGCCAAUGGGAUAAGCGUUAUUCUGUGUGAGCAUAGUAACACUGAGCGAGGCUUCCUGUCUGAGUUGCGUGACAUGCUAGCUCUCCACCUACAGAACAAAGUCAACAUAAUUGUGUCUGAGGAAGACAGAGAUCCCCUCCAGGUGGCUUAGAAAAAAGAAAACAGGAGAGAAUUCAGUCAAGAGUUUCCUGGUAUCUUGCACAGACCUAUUCAACUGCAGGCUUUAUGAAGAUGCUCUGAAUUGGUUCGGUACAGAAUGAUUGUAUUGUGUGUUCCUUCAAAAGCUGGGGUAUAUUUUGUCAUCUGUCAGAUA